AUGUUAAUAAUUCAUCCCUCCCCAGGGAUCAUCUGUCAACAGACUCUCCUAACCUCCACUGGUUCUGUGGCAGGAGCUGCGGGUGAGACCAGCUGGCGUCAGAGUCCCACUACCUGCCUCAGGGGACAGCACAAAUGUAACUGGUGUGCCAGAGAGGAGGAGGAUCUUCCAGAAGAAAUAAAACCAGAGAUUAUUCGGGACUUAGAUCGGAACCAGGAAACGUACAGGGUUCAUUUCUCUAGGGCAGGCUGGUUUUGUUGCCCUGAAACUGAACUGGAGUUCGAGGUGAGGGCAGCAGUGACCAUCCAAUAUGGAUACGGCUCCUGGAGGCAGCAUCUGACUGAAUCGCAGAAGAAUCAAUGGAUGGUGGCUGGCCCUUUGUUUGACAUCAGAGUGGAACCGACUGAGGCUGUGGCAGCCGUUCACCUCCCGCACUUCCUGUGUCUCAGAGAUGCCGACAAUUCCCGGAUGCAGAUUGCCCAUUUCAUCGAUGAGAGGAUGACCCUGGAGAACCCAAAGCAGGUGAGGUCGUUCCAUGCCGUGCUGGAGAACCCCAGCUUCUCUCUGUUUGGAGCGUUUUGGAGGAGGGAUACUUCUGAUAAGCCAACUCCAGUCCAUUCCAUUGUACUUCUCUACCAGGCACGAAAGACAGUAAAUCUAGCCCUUCACCUCUACCUGAUACCCGAUAAUGGCUCACGGGUCAAAGUAAUCUAUCGUGUGAGCCUUAUGGGAACACACACUUACCCUGUUACAGUCUAACUCUCUCGGGGAUAACAGGGCUGUUGUGAAGCACAGAACACACACAAGGCGCUUUGCCCAGAGACUAACUCAUUAUUGCUCUUUCACUUAAUCAUACAAAGCACAAGAGAGCACAGAUCUUAUAGAAAACAAUAAACAUCUUAGUUGCAAUGCCCUUCACUAUCUCACCCUCCUCUUGGGAGACCGUCUGGGCUCAGGAAAACAGACAGGUCUUGCAGCUGCUCCAUGCUGCGUGGCU